AUCCCCGGUGCUGGCAUGUGCCCGAGGGGCUCCCAGUGACCUCCUCCCUUCCCUCAGGGAUGCACCGUGCCCGCCCCGUGAUGCCACCCCAUCCAGCCGCCCUGUGACCCGGCCCUGGUGACCCGGCACCGGUCGGGAUCCCCGGUGGGGACCGGCUCUGCAGCCACCGCCCUGUUUGCUCGGCCACCGGCCUCACCCUGCGGGCAGAGGGAGGCGGAGCCGGCCGCUGGCCCCACGCUGGGGCACACGAGGUAGGAGGGACGCGGGGCACUGCCGAGCACGUCCCCGAUGGGCACCAGGCUGGCCAGAGGGGCUGCCCCCAUGUCGCCUUCCUUUGGCUCUCGUGCUGCCCCGGGCAGGGCAGCGGGGCACGAGAUCCCAGAGAUGGCCUUCCAGAGGAGCCACCGGCUGAACCUGCUGCGCCUCAUCGUGCUGCUCCUCGUGGCCUUGGCUGGCAUCAAGUUCCUCUUCCGUGACAGCUUCACCCUGGAUCUGCACAAGCACGUCAGCAAGGACAGCGGGUUCUGGGGGGACACAGGUGACAUCGUCCAGGAUGUCAUCCCCCAGAGCCGGGUUCUGGAGGUCCCUGCAGCAAAGAUAAUGACUCUGAAGCAAAAGCAGCAGGUCCCCAGGGAUGCCAGUGCCACCGAGAUGAGGCUGGUCCACCUGGACCUCAAGGGAGCUGCACCCAGAGUCUCCUACCUGGAACAGGUGUUCCCCCUCCUGUCCCAGCUGGGAGCCAACGGUGUCCUCAUCGAGUACGAGGACAUGUUCCCCUUCAAGGGGGACCUGGAAAUCCUCAGGUCCCCGUACGCCUACAGCGAGGAGGACAUCGAGCGGAUCCAGCAGCUGGCCGAGCAACACAAGCUGGAGGUGGUUCCCCUGGUGCAGACCUUUGGCCAUGUGGAGUUCAUCCUCAAGCACGAGAAGUACCAGCACCUGCGGGAGGUCGAGCGCUUCCCCAACAGCUUCAACCCCCACGUGCCCGACACGCUGGCCCUGCUCAAGAGCAUCCUGUCCCAGGUGAUCGAGAAGCACCGGCGCUCCUCCUGGAUCCACAUCGGAGCAGACGAGGUUUUCCACCUCGGGGAGGGGAUGGACUCCAAGAACUGGAUGAGCCACCACAAGGGCGACGUGGGCACCAUGUACCUGAAGCACAUCAAGGAGGUUCUGGGCUUCCUGACGGCGCAGUACUGGGGGCUGCGGGUGCUCAUGUGGGACGACAUGCUGAGGAAGAUCAGCGUGGGAGCCCUGCGGGAGUCCGGGAUAGCCAAGCACGUCUCACCCGUGCUGUGGUUCUACGCACCCGACUUCGAGGCUGAGCAGAUCGUGCAGUUCCUCACCAAGUACGUGGAGAGCGGCUUCGAGGCCGUGUGGUUCGCCAGCGCCUUCAAGGGCACCACGGGGCCAGCCCAGGCCUGGACCCCGCUGAGCUACCACCUGAAAAACCACCUGAGCUGGCUGAAGGUGAUGCAGGCCGUGCCACGGCUGGCCCCCCUGCGCUUGCAGGGCGUUGUGCUCACUGGCUGGCAGAGGUACGAUCACUACUCGGUGCUCUGUGAGCUGCUGCCUGUCAGCAUCCCCUCGCUGGCCAUCUGCCUGCAGACCCUGGUGAAUGGGGGCUUCACAGAAGAGGCAAAGAGGAAGGUGCUGGAUGUGCUGGGUUUGGAGAGCGUGCAGCUGGAGCAGAGCACCUGCGAGGGCAGGGGAGCGUUCCCUGGUGUGGAGAUCUACCACAUGGUGGAGCAGGUCAAUGGCCACCUGAAGGACAGCGUCCUCAAGGCACUGGAGGAGGAGAGCGCCAUCAAGGGCUGGUUCAGCCCCUACCACAGGAAACGGCACUUUGGGAACCCCCGCAACAUGGAGAGCUUCGGCAGCAAGGUGCUGAAGCUCCACGAGGACUGGGAGAGCUUUGUCCGUGACCUGCGUGCGCAGCUGGAGAGGAUCUACUUCCCUGACACGGUGGAGGAGUGGCUGGAGGAGAACGUCAACCCCUACCUGGACCAGCUGCGGGACCUGGUGCGGGACUACCGCGCCAUCAUCCGCCUCAAGGGCCGGCCCAAGGCCGCGUAGGGGCUGCAGCCCCGGCUCCUGCUGCCCCGGCUCUGGGGCACCAUCGUGUGUGUGUGUGUGUGUGUGUGUGUGUGUUUGCUGGUGACAGCUCUGCUGCUGGCUGCACUGUACAGAGCCCCUGCACUGCCC